AUGCAAAAAAUUAAAGCCAAGGCAUCAUCGUUACCAAUAUUUAAUGGUCGUGUUUCAGAUUCCUCCACAUCGAGUACAUCCUCGUCGAUAGUGUUGGCAAGUGGUAAAACAAAGAAACGCGGUACUUUUAAUGGUUUCACCAAGCCAAGUGUUUUUUCAAUAUCUUCUGCCACCACAAAGCAUUCGUUGAACGAGGAGGAACAGAAUCUGGAAUCGAGUGAAGCUGAUGUUGUGGUGCGAAACACACCACGGUCAUUGAUAAAUUCCCGUAAUACCCAAGGUUCUCUGAAUGUGGCCGGCACUGAAUUGAGUAAUUAUGAAAAAGUAAAAGUCGUCGGUCAGGGUUCAUUCGGAAUUGCUGUUCUAUAUCGUCGGAAGACUGAUAACCACUAUGUCGUGUUUAAACAAAUUAAUCUUAGCGAUUUAACACCUUCGGAGAGAGAUUUGGCCAUGAACGAAGUUGAGGUCUUCUCAAAACUACAUCAUCCAAAUAUUAUCAGUUAUUUGGGUAGCUUCAUUAAGGAUAAUACGUUGCUAAUUGAAAUGGAGUAUGCCGAUGGCGGAACACUGGCACAGAUUAUCGGUGAACGUGCAAUGCGAGAUUAUUUCCCAGAACGUUAUAUUGUCAAUGUUUUCGAACAGAUAUGCAGUGCGAUAAAUUAUAUGCAUUCGGAGAAUAUUUUGCAUCGGGAUUUAAAAACCGCCAAUGUUUUUAUGAACAAAAGAGGUAUUGUGAAAAUUGGCGAUUUCGGUAUUUCGAAAAUUAUGAAUACGAAAAUACAUGCACAAACCGUAUUGGGUACACCAUACUAUUUUAGUCCAGAAAUGUGUGAGGGCAAGGAAUAUGAUCAUAAAAGUGACAUUUGGGCACUGGGUUGUAUAUUGGGUGAAAUGUGCUGUCUAAGGAAAACAUUUGCUGCUACCAACCUAUCGGAAUUGGUGGGGAAAAUUAUGGCGGGCUCUUAUACACCGUUACCCAAAGGAUAUUCGUCAGCACUGAAAAGUCUGCUGAAUAAUCUUCUACAGGUGGAUCCAGCCAGACGUCCCAGAGCAUCAGAAAUACUGGAAUAUUGGAUUCCAUUAAUAUUUCGAAAUUUGAGUAAAAAUAAAGGUCACCAUUACGAAGACGAUGUAGGUUCAACAACCAUGGUCUCAUCAAAUAGUUCAAAAUUGAUGUCACUGCAUGAAGAACCUUUGCUGGAACAUAGCUCAAGACGUUCGACAAUUGUAGAUUUGGCAACAGCACAAACUGAAACGAAAGAAAUAAUGAAAGCUGAAACGGCAGCCCCUGAAGAAACCGUAGAGAAAAGAUCGGUAUUAUAUCAGUUGAAAUCAUUUGGCAAUAGUUUCAGCAUGAAUCCUAUACAACUGCCACCGAAAGCUUGUAUUCUGACCGUGGCUACAAGUGAAACACAUUUUGUUGUUGUCAAUAGUGAUGGAUCUGUGUAUACUUGGGGUGAGGGUACACAUGGUCAAUUGGGCUUAAGCUCUUUGGAGGCAUGGAAACACUAUCCAAGCCGUAUGGAAAGUGUGCGUAAUUACCACAUAAUAAGCGCUUGUGCUGGCGAAGGCUUUACAAUACUUCUAACACAAACCGGUUCCAUUUUAUCGUGUGGUGACAACAGCAAAUACGCCUUGGGUCAUGACAAUGACAAAACCUACCACAGCCCAAAGUUGAUAGAGAAAUUGGAAAAUGUUCAUAUCAAAGAAAUCAAAUGUGGCACCACACAUGUACUGGCCAUGAGUAUUGAUGGUUCGGUUUAUACAUGGGGAACAAAUGUCCAUGGUGCACUUGGGCUGGGAUCGCUACAAACGCAACAAAAAAUACCCCAAAAGAUUUUACUGUCACAUGUCAAGGGAAAGGUGAGAAGUAUUUUUUGUGGACCGGAUACAUCAGCGGUGUUGUUUGAGAGUGGUGAAAUGUAUGUGUGUGGCAGUAAUGAUUAUAAUAAAUUGGGAUUUGAGAAAUCAUCGAGAAUAAUGGCGUUGAAAAAGUUAUUACUGCCCCACAAAAUAUUGGAUGCCUGUUUUUCAUCGAAUCACACAAUUGUAUUGGUAGAAGGUGGUUAUGUCUUUACCAUGGGUUCCAAUUCAACUGGUCAACGUGGUGUUGGUAAUUGCAGUAAUAUUUUGGAUACUGCAACUUUGGUGGAGCUAGUCAAGGAUAGAUAUAUUACGAAAUGUAAAUGCAACGAUCAAUGCUCGGUAGUCUGUUCCGAUGAUAAUGUUAUAACUUUCUGGGGUACACGUAAUGGCAUACCCGAUAUGGUUGAGACAAAUUCAGCAGAUGAACAGGAAUUACAACAACAUCAAAUGGAUUUAGAAUUGGGUAACAGCACAGCAGCAUUUACCAACUUUUUAGCAUCUGUAUAUAAAUCGGAACUGGUGUUGGAACCUCAAGAUAUACUUGCACUUUACUCUUCGCCAGAACAAUUGGACAAGGGUUAUUAUGUAGUUGUUAAUGAUAUAUUUCCUCUGCCGCACAGCGUUUUGGUAUUGGUGGACUCUACAACACCUUUGAUAGCAUCCAUAGAUGAUUUGGGAUAA